ACCCCCUAUCCAAAACCAAAAUCCCAUCCAUCUUGGGAGAAAAGGCUGCAAUCCAAAUGCUAGAAGAAGCUUGAGAAUUCACAAAACCCAAGCACCAUGCAGCUACCCCUUACCUCCUCUUCUUCUUAUUCUUCUGUACCUUGGUCUUCAUUUCAAUGUAAAACUCUGUCAUAUCCAAUAAAAAUUGGAACUCUAUGUUUCCAAAAGAAGCAAUUGCAGAUUUUUUGUUCUUCAAGUAAUCAUAACUUGAUCAAUGAUGAAAGUCUAUGUAAACAACAAGAAGAAGAGUGUUAUGAAGAGAAUUUGAAGAGGAGGGGUUUUGUAUUGUUCUUUUCUUCUUUGUCAUUAAGUUUGCUUUCUAGCAAUUCAUCUGUUUUUGCCAAGACAAAGAGUAAGAGCCCGUAUGAUGAAAACCGCCUGCUCGAACAAAAUAAAAGGGUUCAAGCAGGAAACAAUGCCCCUGAAGACUUCCCAAAUUUUGUUAGAGAAGGUUUUGAGGUUAAGGUAGUUACAUCAGACAAUUAUGUAAAGUGUGAUAAUGGACUAAUAUACUCGGACAUCAAAGUUGGUCAAGGUGAUUGCCCACAGGAGGGUCAGCAGGUGACUUUUCACUAUAUUGGUUAUAACGAAUCAGGUCGCCGUAUUGAUAGUACCUAUUUACAGGGAGCUCCAGCCAAAAUUCGUGUUGGCACCAACGCAUUGGUUCCAGGAUUUGAGCAAGGAAUUAGGGACAUGAGACCUGGAGGGAAAAGAAGAGUAAUCAUUCCUCCAGAUCUUGGACCUCCGGUUGGUCCGUCAACAUUUUUCAGUGCCAAGCAGUUCGAGGUUUUUGAUGUGGAAUUGCUCAGUAUACAAACUUGUGAAAGGAGAACGAUAUUAGCGUUUUACUCCGAUCUCGUGUGCAAAUGAGAACAGACCAUCGUUUUCGCCCUCAUGUAAUAGAAAUCAAUUUGCUUAGUUCUUUUUCACAAUUUUGUAGUGAAAUGUAAAGAACCGGCUAUUCUGUUAUGGCUCUUCUGUAAGGAAUUCAAGACAGAAGAAGACGCAUCUUCACGCAA